AGUUCGUCUGUGAACAAGGUGAGCCGCCAAACCAACGUUCAGUCCUUUAUAUCUUUCCUCAUUUUUAAGGUUUUCAUCAUUUUAAGUAGCCGAUACUUUGUAUCUAUUGACUUUCUGACCAUCUUCCGAGCCGCAGUGGUUGCCAUCUCAGUAUCUUAGUCCUCUUAAGCUCCAAUCGCGGAUUUGUGAUUUGCGACGUGAAUGGAAAGCGUUGCGUGUAUCAGAAAGGGAACACGCAAGAGGAAACAGAGGGCAAAACUCAGCGACUUGGACGCGUUGGACUCAGAUGAAUAUGACUCCUCGCCCAAGCGUGAGUCCGAUGAUGAGAACACCUCAACUUCAAAGAUCAACAAACGAAAAAGGAGAAGACCUCGUCUGACGGGCCUUAGUAAACAACGACAAGCUGCAAACGCUCGCGAACGAAGUAGAACCCACAGUGUCAAUUCUGCAUUCAAUGCAUUACGAGUUCUUAUACCUACUGAACCUUCUGACAGAAAACUUUCAAAAAUAGAAACAUUGCGCUUGGCUUCAAGCUACAUUGCGCAUCUUGGAUCAAUGUUGGUGAGUGGAACUCAGUGUCCGAAUGUAGCAAAGGCAGCUGAACACAAUGGAGCCAUUUCACCAUCUUCAGCAUCAAGAGUGUGUACAUUUUGUUUGAGCCUACUUAAGGCGGUUUCUAAAGAUGAAGGAACAAACAACAGAUUACACGCGCAAGGAAAAUGAUCAUACAUUUCAAUAAUAAUCUGCUGUGCAACGCAAUAAUAUGGAAUCUAAACCUUACGUGAGGAGGCAGAGCAGUAGUAAUGGAUAGCGGAGUUCGCAUUAGGGGUUCAUUUUCUUCUAUAAAUCGCUCAUUCAUUAUCAUAACUCACAGAUGAAUAGCAAUUAUCCUGUCGCUAAAUAUUCAAAACAUGCGUGCAACAAGACAUUGAGGAAUUGCAUCUGUGUAUGGCUUCACGAAAAAAUAUCUGACUUACUGCAGGCUCAAUUAUUGAGGGAGUCGUUGACAGGCUGAGUGAAACAUUUCUGCUAAGAUCGCAAGACCUAUGAGUUGAAAUCACGGUUGAUCUAUCUCUAAAAACGGAUUUGUGU